AGAGGUCGUCAGUGGAUGUUGGCCAUUGUGCAUGCAUUCAGUCUUCAGCCUUACUGGGCAUCUGGUCCAGCUGUUUCCUAUUCAAGGAACUCAGGGUUAACAAACCGGAGUGGAGAAAGGAGAGGGCACACGCUCAGGCCAGAAUGAAACCCCAGGUUGGGUUCUCCCCGUCAGCGCCGCAUGACUAACAGCUCCAGUGUUCUAAUGGAACACUAACUGGCUCCAGGGCUCUGACCACGUGAUCUGGAAAAAGGGAAGCGGACCAGAGGGGAAGUGAUCAAACAAUGGACGGCUGUUCUGUUCUUCCCAUGGUCAUCAUGAUCUCCAUCAUGCCUGGUUUUCUGGGGAGUGAGCUGAGAAUGUCCAGACAGGACCCGAGGGACAGCCAGCAGUCGGAAGCCCUCGGUGGAUCCCGGCCCAGAGCCAAACGAGACUGGAUCUGGAAACAGCUGUUUGUUGAGGAAGAGGAUCCAACACCGAAAAUAAUUGGCCAGCUGAAAUCAAACUUUGACAAAGGAGACUUUACCAUUAAGUACAUCCUGUCUGGGGAGGGAGCCGGAGAGGCCUUCACCAUCGACGAGUACACUGGUGACAUCCAUACUCUGAAGAGCCUGGACAGAGAAGAAAAGGCCUUCUACGUGCUCCAAGCCCGCGCCAUUGACCGCAGCACCGGCCAGCCUGUGGAGACCGAGUCCGAGUUUAUCAUCAAAGUCCAGGAUAUCAAUGACAAUGCCCCGGAGUUCAAAAAUGAGCCCUAUGUGUCCAGCAUUCCAGAGAUGAGUCCAAUGGGGACCACGGUGAUCCAGGUGACAGCCACGGAUGCAGAUGACCACAUGUUUGGAAAUAACGCCAAACUCAUCUAUUCCAUCCUGCAGGGAGAGCCGUAUUUCUCAGUAGAGCCCAAAACAGGUAUCAUUGUGACCUCAUGGUCAAACAUGGACAGAGAAGCAAGUGAGCAGUACCUGGUCGUGGUUCAGGUGAAGGACAAGCUCGGAUAUUCUGGAGCUUACAGCGCCACGACGACAGUGACCAUCACCCUCACUGACGUCAAUGACAACGGACCCACCUUCCAACACAACUUGUACACGUUUGCCUUAGCGGAGUCGGCUCCAGUGGGCACGACGGUGGGCAGAGUGAUGGCGGAGGACGCCGACAUUGGGGUGAACGCCAGAAUGAACUACAGUCUAGACGACCUGGAGGAGAGCGCCACCUUCAGGGUCCAAACAGACCCUGUCACUCAAGAGGGCAUAGUGACGCUGGCCAAACCUUUAGACUAUGAGAGCAAGAGGCGCUUUGCCAUCGCCAUAGAGGCCAUCAACGACCACGUGGACACCAGAUUCCUGAGCUACAAUGAAUUCCGUGACAAGACUAUGAUAAAAAUCCUAGUGACGGAUGUGGAUGAACCUCCAAUCUUCUCUGUUCCUGUCUUUGAAUGGAAGGUUCCAGAAAACGCACCUGUGGGUACGCAGGUUGGCACAGUCUACGCAAGAGACACAGAUGCAGCCAACAAUCCCAUCAGAUAUUCCACGUCCGCAAGCAGUGACUUGAGGAAAGUUUUCCGGAUUGACCCCAACAAUGGGACAGUGUCAGUGGCCAAACCUUUGGACCGAGAGACAGCAGCCUGGCAUAACCUCACUGUCACAGCCAAAGAAACGAAGGAAAAUCAACUCUCCUCCACAGUGUCUGUGGUCAUCAAAGUCCUGGACAUCAAUGACAACAUACCGACUCUGUCCCAGGACUACCAGCCCUAUGUGUGUGAGGGCACACAGGCAGGAGAGCUCAUCCAGAUGAUCAGUGCUGUGGACGCAGAUGACCCAAUGGAAGGCCAUCACUUUUACUUCUCUAUGGUACCAGAUAAACACAUCAACCCCAACUUCACCAUCAGAGACAACCAAGACAACACGGCGAGUAUCCUGACACGUCGUAGCACGUUUACCCGUCGCGACCGGGUGCUGUAUCAUCUCCCUGUGGUCAUAAUGGACAGCGGCUCCCCUGCCCUGUCCAGCACCAGCACCCUCACCAUCAGCGUGUGUGCCUGCCAGCCUGCAGGACACUGCCCUUCAGGAGGAGUUGAGGCACUGGCCCUUUCUAUGGGCCUCAGCACACAGACCCUACUGGGCCUGUCUGUGUGUCUCAUCAUGCUCAUAGUGCUGUCCUUACUAAUGCUCGCAGUGUGGAGACACAGGAAGCUGGCCCAGCAGAAGCUUGCCGCCCAGGAGCUGGACACAGAGGAGUAUCAUGAGAAAGUCGUACACUACGCCGAGGCCAACGCCGGUCAGGAUGCGGCCGUCUCCUCCAGCCAGCCGGUCCCGCUGAGGCCCCACCCGCGGCGCCGCGAGCGCAGACUCCGCAGGGAGGAAGUGACCGCCAGCAUUCGCAUGUCCCUCCGACACUCGCACCUCAUCGGGCCCGAGGACGAGGUGUUCCGACAGUUCAUCAUGGACCGGCUGGCCGAGGCCGACGAGGACCCCUACGUGCCGCCGUUUGACUGCCUGCGUUCCUACGCCUUCGAGGGCACGGGGUCACUCACCGGCUCCCUGAGCUCACUGGAAUCCUCGACGUUUGACCCCUGUGUGGAUCGACCCCGUGACAGCGGGCAGCGUUUCAUGAGACUGACUCUGUGGCAAGGAGCUGGAGAGGAUGAGACGUCGUUCUGAACUGAGGAGAAAUCAUUUACAGUGUAUUAGUGACACCUGCCUGCUACCUGGCCAUUUUAUCAGAAACACCUGCUAUACAGGGCACACGGCUCAUCAGCCACCCUCUCCCUUAUUCCUUCAACGGUAGCGGACCCCUGGUAGAGGACCACCCUGCUAGCGUGUGUUGUGUUGGUAUGAGUGUAUCAGCCACAGCAGCAUUGCUGUACUUUGUCGUACACUUACUGGCCACUUUAUUAGAAACCCCGUUGACGUACCUCGUUGACGUGCCUUGUUGGUGGACAGUUACAGUUCACCUUUUUUCCACUAGGGGGCUAAAAUUCUGAUAAGCAAUAAUAUCAGUGGACAUAAUUUCACACUUAGAUUUUAGUGUUUUGGUUAAACAGGGCUUCUCUGGCUGAUUUGACAGUUAUAACAAAUAUAAUAAUAAAUAAACAGCAGAAACUCCGUCUUAUGAAAACAGCCCUGGGGGUAGAGCUACCCACAAUGCUUUGCCCUUUGGUUUCUGUUUACCAUCUCUUACUUUUGAAUUUGUUUCAUGUUUUUUAUUUUUAGAUAAAGGUUUUUAUGUGUUCCACACACUGAAGGAGAAUGUGGUUUAUAUAGUUCUAUGUAGCACCAAAAAGGGUUCUUCUGUUAUUACAGGAUUGGAAUUGAAACGGCAGAAGAACCUUUUUGGUGCUAUAAAGAACAAUUUUCAAAAGAGUUCCAGGUAGAACCAUCUACAGCAUGUUUCGCAUCAAUAAAUGGUUCUUCAGACUGAUGGAGAAUGUGCUGUAGAUGGUUUUAUAUAGAACCUUGUUGAUAGGCCUUGUUCUAUGACCUGAUAGAUAACUAGUUAAGUGACCACAGGAUGGUUAUAAAUUGUUAGUAAUUAGCAAAUAUUUUAUAUUUUAAUUACAUUUAGAAGCAUCCACCACUUAAAAACAAGGUUUUAGAUAUGACUGAAGUAGAGCUAGACCUUCUAAUAUUCUCUGCGUCCCCUACACUCUUAAAGGAUGGUUCUUCAAGGGUUCAUAAGUAAAGACAAUGGUUCCAUCUAGAACCAUAAACACUCAAAGAGCCCUUUGCAUGCCUAAAAGGUUCAGAUUGAUGGUGAAUAUGUUGUAUACGGUUCUGUAUAGCACUAAAAAGGUUCUUCUUAUUGUUACAAACUUGAUUACAAUAGCAGAACCCUUUUGGUGCAAUACAGAACCAUGUUCAAACAGCGUUCUUCAUCUGAUGGAGCUUCAACUCACACCAUCAUUGUUUUGCUCCCAUAUUCGUUUUCAUGAGUUCAGGUCAUGUCAUCAACAUGGCGGUGGUAGUAUGAGGGAGAACUGAGGGAGUUCUGGGCAGAUUCUGCCUGUAGCUAGAAGACCAGACCCCCUCAUAGCUGUAGUAGGACUGAUGUCGGACUGAGGAACAGGGAGGAGAUGCAGGGGUGUGGGUUGUGAACACUUCGUCAUGGAAACAGAUGGUCAGGGUGUGAAUUUAUAGGGUGUUAUAUUGAAAGAAGGAGGGGUUUCAGCCAUGCUCCUCCCCUAAACUUCAGUUAGAACAUAACUACAUUCAGAGUCACAAACUGCCCCAGAUUAACUGCUGUUGCUGUCAUUAUCAUCUCCAAGUAUAGAUACCGAUGCUUCCAGGAACACUGCUGAUGAGGUGUCCAGGAGCAUGAUGGUCCCCUAUCCAAAUAUCUGGUCAGUGCUGGUCUUCUAGGGGUCCCUUUCCCCUGGAGGAUGAGCAUAUUUAGCACAUUUACGCCAUUUGGCAGACACUCUUAUCCAGAGCGCAUUACAACGAUGAAGGUGGUGCUGGGAGUCUUUAUAGUGUCGAGUGGUUACCCAGGUGGGGAUUGAACCCCAGCCUACAGCAUAGAAGGUAGAGGUGUCACCCACUACACCAACCAACCAUGAAAACUUGCACAGCAACAGGUGGGUUUCAGGAACUAUAGACCUACAAACGUGCACCUAUAUGGUGGGUGUUUCUGAUAAAAUGGCCAGUGAGUGUAGCUGUACCUUCAAAACUCUAGAAGCGAGACUUUGUUCAGUCUGAAACGUGUGGACUGAGUGUUUUCAUGCAGACACAUGACCCUGGAAUAUUUUAGUGGUCUGAAUGAAGUAUUAGUUUCUAAUAUCCAGCUAUUUAUAUUUGAAAGUGUAUCACUGAACUUAAGUACGGUCUACUUGCUGGAGUCUUUUGAUUGUGUGAGACAAGCUUGACUGCAGUCAGGUUCUUAAAGGGAAUGCUUUACUUUUGUGCUGUUCUGUUUGAUGCUUUUUGUAUUUGUCACAUAAAUAUGCAUAUGUGUGUAGAAGAUAUAUGAGCCUUAUUUUAUUUGUUAAUUACAAAGAGGGUGGAAUGACUGUUCUGAGUGUUAUGAGCUGAGAAGUGAUCCCCAUAUUUUUUACAGUAGGACUAUGAGGGGAAUAGAGAACUGCAUGACAUUGAAUUCAUGUCGGCCCAAGCGAAGGACCUGGGCAUGAACAAUGGGCUCGGUAUGCACUGCUGAAAAAAUAGUGUGGCUUAAGACAAAACCCUGCAGCACACCAUCAUUUAAAUGGCCACAAUAUAAUAAGCUGAAUUAUUUCUCACUUUCUUAUUAAAGAGUCUGAUGUAAUAUGUGAACAUUGUUAAAAUCAAUAUGGUCCAUAUGUGAAAAUGAAGCUGCAAAAAAACCCCACAAUUUGAAUUAAUUGCUUCUGUGAUGUCAUACGUACGUGUCAUACUGCACAAAAAUUAAAGGCUCCCCUCAUUUCAUUUCAUUCAUA